AUGUGCUUAUUGCUGGAUUAUAUUGUUACCGUAUCUGUUGAAGCACGCAUUCAGGAACGAGCUCGCAAGCUCGGGCGCGCGAGUAACCGGGGGCCGGAGGCCCCUAUCGUAGUAUAUAACGACCCCGCGCGAUGUACGUACCGCACGCGAUUGUCCCUUACGGGCAUCGCUACGCCCGUGGACAAACGCGCCCCGCACCGUUCGCACCGUUGUUCCAACAGUAUCCUCCUGUCUGACGGCUAUUGUUGGUUCACGCAACAUGCUUUUUGA